ACCUAUGUUAUCAUUGGGUUUUUGUAUUUAUUUCUAUUACACGUGUGUUAUGCUAGCGGAUCACCGCAAACUGCCGUUAAGCUAUAGCUACGGUUAACAACUAAUUUACUUCAUAUGGUGUUCUGCUUUUCUCACAUUAAAGGUACGUCCGGGUUUUCCUUUGGUUCUUUCGGUGCCAAGACAACAGCAUCCACGACAUUUGGGUUCAACCCGACAGCCAUCACUACCACAGCCUCCUCUGGGUUUGGCACUCUUACAGCUCCUGGUUUUGGGGCAGCCACCACCACCACUGCACCAGCCACAGGAUUCAGUUUUGGCUCCACCAACACUGGAUUUGGGGGGCUGGGAGCCGGAGGCAGUACGGCUGGCGCAUUUGGAGGCUUUGGGACGACCACGACAACUGCUGCUCCACAAGGAUCCUCUUUUAGUUUUGUCACCCCCUCCAACACAACAGGAAGCUUGUUUGGGAACACGCAGAACAAAGGCUUUGGGUUCCCAACCGGGCUUGGAGCUGGAACCGCAACCGGAACAUCAGGGUUUGGAACUGGCUUGGGGACAGCUGGGCUGGGUGGAUUCGGAGGUUUUAAUAUUCAGUCGACCCAGCAGCAGCAAGGAGGCUUGUUUGGCCAGCAGGCCCAGCAGCAGGGUCAGCCUCAGCCCACCCAGCUGUACCAGCAGGUCACAGCUCUGUCAGCCCCCACUCUUCUAGGAGAUGAGCGUGACUCCAUACUCGCUAAAUGGAACCAACUGCAGGCGUACUGGGGUACAGGGAAGGGCUACUACAGCAACAACAACCCGCCUGUGGAAUUUACCCAAGAGAACCCUUUCUGCAGGUUCAAGGCGGUGGGAUACAGCUGCAUCCCAGUGACUAAGGACGAGGACGGGUUAGUUGUCUUGAUCCUCAAUAAAAAAGAAGCCGAUGUGCGAGCUCAGCAGCAGCAGCUGGUCGAAUCCCUCCACAAGAUUCUAGGAAGCAGCCAGACUCUAGCCGUCAAUGUGGAGGGAGUGAAAUCCCUGCCGAACGACCAGACAGAAGUGAUCAUUUAUGUUGUGGAGCGAUCUCCAAAUGGCACCUCCAAGCGCAUCCCAGCGUCUACGCUCUUCAACUUUCUGGAGCAGGCGAACGUCAAGGCCCAGCUGGCGCAGAUUGGGGUCGCCAUGUCUGUGACGCGCACCGAGCUGUCCCCUGCACAGCUCAAACAGCUGCUGCAAAACGCCCCUGCAGGUGUGGAUCCCAUCAUAUGGGAACAGGCGAAGGUGGACAAUCCUGACCCAGAGAAGCUAAUCCCAGUCCCCAUGGUUGGGUUUAAAGAGCUGCUGCGCAGGCUGCAGAUCCAGGAGCAGAUGACCAAACAGCACCAGACCAGAGUGGAUAUUAUAUCCACUGACAUCAGUGAACUGCAGAAGAACCAGGCUACAACUGUGGCAAAGAUCGCUCAGUACAAGAGGAAACUGAUGGAUCUGUCUCACAGGGUGCUGCAGGUUUUGAUCAAACAGGAGAUUCAAAGGAAAAGUGGCUACGCGAUCCAAGUGGACGAGGAGCAUCUCCGAGUGCAGCUGGACACCAUUCAGUCAGAACUCAAUGCCCCCACACAGUUCAAGGGUCGGCUGAACGAAUUAAUGUCCCAAAUCCGAAUGCAGAACCACUUUGGAGCUGUGAGGUCGGAGGAGCGCUAUAGUGUGGAUGCAGACCUGCUCCGAGAAAUCAAACAACAUUUGAAGCAGCAGCAGGAAGGUUUGAGUCAUCUGAUCAGUGUCAUUAAAGACGACCUGGAAGACAUCAAACUAAUAGAGCACGGGCUGAGCGACAGUGGACACAUGAGAGGGGGCAUCCUGAGCUGAUUCCUCACACACUCAGAGCUUUUAUUUUGAAAUAUCAGCCUGCUUUGUAAUCUUCAGCUUUUCUCCUCGCAGAAAACAAUUCUUAUCCAAAACAAUCCAAUUUUUAAUUUUUGUGGCAGGUGUGUUGUGUGUUCUCCCACAACAAAACAAUGACUGUGUAAUCUGGAUUGAAAUAGACGGCUCAAUGGACUGAUCAGUGUCUAAUAAUAGCCACGUCAAUCAGAUUAUCACAUGUGACUGCCAGUGCGAUGUAAACAAAGAGGUUGAGUGUGUCGAGAUGUAAAUACAUCUUUGUAUUUUUUUUUUAACUGUUAGUAUACUAAUAAAUUUAAAUUGUAAACCUUUAA